GGGCUGAGGCCUGAGUUCUGUGGAUGACUUCACAAUGCCCAGGGUGGUUCCUUUUCUCCUGCUGUAGCGCCCAUCUACCAUGAUGGCCACCCUGUGGCUGCUUAGCCUUUCUCUCCCUACUCUGGGGGCCCAGAUAUUAAUCAAUUGUGCCUACAAGAGUCUCUGCCGGCUGGCCCUACUCUCAGGAAAUGAAGUUGUCCUGCAGUGUGACCACCCCAGGGCACUCUGGUACUUCUCUUCUGUUCUGGAGGAGGACGCCCUUCUACUCUCCUCAAUGCCCAACAUAAAGAAACUGCCUGGUGGUGGCCUACAAUUGACCAACCCACAGCCCUCCCAGACAGGCCUCUACAGCUGCCAGGACAAUGACAGUGCUCUCGUGGUAGAGUAUGAGAUUGACUUCCAGGAUGUCACCACCAUUCAUAUUACACACAAAAGCCUAGGCCAAAGGCCUCUACAGAAUGAGACCCUGCACCUGGGUGGCAGGGUACUCAUGUUCACCCAAUGGGAGCCCUGGCAGGACUGUAACCGCUGCGGGGAACCAGGCGAACGCAAACGCCUGGGGUACUGCUACAUCCAGGAGGAUCCGCUGGAAAAACCCAUGCCUUGCAGGCUCUAUCUGGGAGAGGAGAGUGUGCAACCCAGCCGCAUGCGACCUGAACUACAGGUGGAAGCCUGCCUUGUACCCUGCAACCCCAUCAAGGAAAUCAACCAGCCUUACUUCAUCUUUGACAUUCACCAGCUGAACAAGUUGACCAACGGCAUGUGGCUCACCUGCCCCUUGGCCUCCAUCUACAGGUGACGGGACCAGGGUGCCAGUCCCACCUUUGGCGCUUACCCAGGCUUUGCUUCCUGUGCCCAUCUGGGCUAGGGGUUCACUCCCCAACAGAUUAUCAGGCUCUGUCUCCCAGCCCACCAGUAUUGACAGUCAGCUUGUGAAGGAAAGAAUCUCUUCCGGGGCUUGUUCAGAUGUUCAUUCAGCAAGAAUCCCCUGGUGCCCACUCUGAGCCAGGUCUUGAGCUGAUAAUGUUGGGGACACAUAGUAGCAACCAGCGGAGACCCUCAAAGGCUCCUGGUGUUCAAAUGUAAAACAUAGAGACUAAGAUAGGCAAGCAUAAGCUCUUGCCAAGAUGGA